AUGCAUGGCUACCACAAGUCGGAGUGUGGCAAGCAGCGCGCGGAUGUUGGGUCCACCCGGUGGGUGGACAAGAAGUUCCUGCGGACUCAAACCAAGCUGCGGUGGGUCUGUGGCCUGUGCAACGUUUGGUGCAAGGACGAGAACGGCUUCAAGUGCCACUUGGAGCAUGAGAACCACAUCCGCAAGUCGCAGAUGGCAAGGCAAAAUGCCCCCGAGUACGAGAUGAGCCAAAAGGACGAAGACUUCGCGAACCGCUUUGUGCAGCACUUGGCGAGCAACCAUUUGAAUCAGAAGGUGCUUCUGCAUGAGAUUUACCGGGAGCUCUACCCCAGCGACAAGAACCAGAGAGUGAUCAAGGAGAGCUGCUGGGGCACCCUGGGAUGCUUCAUCAACCACCUGAGCCGCGUGGGGGAGUGCGAGGCGACUCGCGAGCCCAAGGGCUGGAUGGUGCGCGUGGGCCAGGAAAUGCUUCUGGCGGCGGAGGAGGAGAAGAAUCUCCGGGAGAAAGAGCUCAUCGAGACCCAGGGCAAGAAGGAGAUGGACCCUGCCAGCUGUUUGCUGGCCCAAGAGGAUGUGCCGGACCUGAUCGUGCCAGAGUCCAGGCACAAGCGCUUGAAGACCUCAUGGACGGCCAUGCGCGACAAGCAGGCCUGCGCCCCGGUGGUACGGAACCGCGACGAGGGCGACGAGGAGCUGCGGAGGGCCAGAGCGCUGGCGCGGAAAGCGAAGAAGCUGCAGCCGGAGGAGAAAGAGGAGGCACCGCCGGAACCUACGGUGCGAACGGAGAAGGUAUCUUUCAAGAUGAUGGGCAGCAUAGCAAAAAAGCCCAAGGCAAAGGCCAAGUGA